AUGAGUUUGAAAAAUCUAUAUACAAAUCUCAUUCUUCAACAGAAUGGUUCGAGCAAUACUGGACGUUCAGUGAUUGACAGUAAACUCGAGAAGUUAUUUGAAAGCCUCAUUAACGGUUACUACCUUGAAUAUCUGAGAAAUGAAACUGUGAGUGAUAAGUUAUUUCAAAACCACAGUGUCUUAUCCUUGACACAAAGGUAUAUCAUGGAUUCAUCAUUUUCUCAAGCUCAAUAUUUUGAGAAUUUGGUUUCCCUAUUUGAAAGCAAUAUCAAUACUCUUGAUAUCUCGAAAGAGGAAAAACAGACGUAUCUUUUUCUGACUGCUGUCCUGCUUUUGCAGUUUUUCGUUGAAAUCAACUUCUCUGGUCCUCAAUUGCCAUUUGAAACUGAAGAUAAAGAGGUUGGGUUUCUUAAUAUUUUAGGUUCUGAAGCACGGAAGAAUUGUGCUUUCCAAACUAAACUCCAGUCUGAAUCACUUUCGCUAUUAACUAUUGGAGGGUUUGCACCAUAUCAUUUGACAGAAUCACCAUUUCUCUUAGCAUUAGCGUUAUUUAUUUUUGAGCAAUUGCAGGGUCCAGAAAUUUCUCUAUUUGAUCCUACGAAAAUUUAUCUUGAAACAAGUACCCUUGUUGCAAAGUCCUUCAAUCCCGAGAUAUUCUCCAAUGACAAUUCAAACAAUUUUGUUCUUGGAUCUAUAUGUUGGUGGAGAGCUAGGGCUCUACAAGUUCAGCAAUCGUUGUUGUCCGACAUUUCCCCUGAGCUAACUUCUCUUUCUCUGAAUUUGAUUUCUAAGAAGGUUGUCAAUUCUUUGAUCGACGAAAGCAAUGUCAAUUCAGAAAUCAACCAAAAACUUUUGAUUACAUACUAUUUAGAAAAUGCAAAUAUUUCUAUUGCUGGUGAUUUAGAACUACAAACACUUGACAAUAUUAUCAAUGCUAACAAAAUAUCGGGCAUGCAGUUGGUUCUUACUGGAUGUAAAGCAAAGAUGACAAAACAUCAGCAAAAAUCAACAGCUACAUUGACAGUUCUUGCAAAAUCAGACGAAAGACUAUUGAAAUAUGAACAAGCAGAAAAACUAUUCAACCCUCAAGAUGUUAAACUAAAUGACGACUUGUUCUUGGAGAGACCAGAAUUCGACACCACUGGUAACGACGAUUCCUUAGAAGAAAAUGAAGAUCCCGAAUCCGCCAAACGAAUUAAGAUUGAUUACACUAAUAUUUCUGGUUUUGAAAAUAGCUCAUCUUCGAUUUCAAAGAAACUACUGCCAAUUGCUAUGAAAGAAAGCGAUAUUCCUAAGGAAUUAUCAGAACUUGAUCCAAACAAUCAGCCUAAUUUAGCAAACUUAGAUCAUAUUCAGCUACUUUUGAGGAUGCAAACUAUACUGAACAACACCCCGUCGGGAAAUAGUUUGGUCAAUGAGGAAUUGAUCGCUAUUAUCCAAAGAAUCUUAUUUUCUGCGGAGAACAGUGUCAAUUGGCUGGUCUUUGCUAGGGCUUUGUGGUAUAGAUCAUUAUUAGAAGCAGCCAGGCCAAGAACUGUGGAAAGAGGUGUUUUGCAACUAUAUUCUUUAGUGGAAGAACUGGGAGUUGCAAGUGAGCAAACUGCUAGACUAUUUCCUAAAACCGAAGAUGAGAUCAAUUUCCCGGUUAAAUUUAGAAAAGCUGAUGAUAUCAACCAGCCUCUCACCAAUGCAAUCAGAUUAAGGUUUAUUUAUCUAAUUCCACUAAUGCCAAAAUGGUCUUUAGAUUCUAAGCUUGCUGAAAAGCUUCUUGAGUUGGGUGCUCUCAAAAGUGCUCUCGAAAUCUAUGAAAGAUUGGAGAAAUGGACAGAUGCAGCACUGUGUUAUGCAUCAACUGGUGACUCUAACAAAGGUAUCCAGUUGAUUAACAAAGCCUUAGAAAUUGAUCCAAACGAUGCUAGGUCAUGGUCUGUUUUAGGUGAUAUCAAACAAAACCCUGAAUUAUGGCAGAAGGCCUGGGAAAUUGGUAGAUAUGCAAGUGCAAAGAGAAGCUUGGCUAAAUAUUACUACAAUCCCCCUAAAGGUGCUGGUAUAGAGAGAGAUAUACAAAUUGCCAUCAACCAUAUGUAUGAUUGUCUAUCCGCAAACCCUAUCAAUUUCCAGAAUUGGUAUUUUUACGGGUGUAUGGGGCUAGAGAUAUCAAAUUAUGAAUUAGCAGCUGAAGCAUUCACUAGGUGUAUCUCCUUAGAUGAUACUAAUUCGUACGCAUGGUCAAACUUGGCUUCCGCUUUGAUUAAACUUGAUAAGUUGCCCGAAGCUUUUAAUGCAUUACAGAAAUCCGUCAAUUCCGGUGACUCAGCUACUAAAUCAUGGAAGAUAUGGGAGAACUAUCUUAUUGUGGCUGUUAAACUAGGAAGAUGGGAUGACGUACUCCACGCCUCGGUAGUGCUGCUAAACCGUAAGAAAGAAUUGGACCAGCAAGAAGCAUCAAUUGAUUUGCCUGUCGUGGAGAAAUUGGUCGAUCUGUUGGUUUCAGAACCCUAUGAUGAGACUAACAGGGAAACCUAUUUUCAGAAAACAUGUAUUGACUUUGUCUGUAAUCAGGUCCCUUCAGUAGUUUUGCAUGAUGCCAGAGUUUGGAGAAUUAUUGCCAAGGUUGAUCUUUGGAGAAGAAAGCCUUGGUUAGCACUCGAGGAUUACGAGAAAGCAUACAGAGCUGUUAUCAGCAAUCCUGAUCUAUCUAGUGACGAGAAAGUUUGGAACGAGGCAGUGGAAACUUGUUGUGAUUUGGUGUCUGCAUAUGAAAACUUUGGUGAGAUGGAGGGUAGACAUGGAGCAGGCGAUGUUGUUUGCAAAGAUUGGCGUUUUAAGGCUAAAAGCACAGUUAGAAGCUUGCUAUCCAAAGGUAAGGCCAGCUGGGAGUAUACAGAUUCUUACGAGAGGUUACUCGAGUUGAAGAAGGAAGUCAUAAAAGCUUGA